GUUUUGUGUCGGCUCGUGAACAUAUUCCAAAGUAAUCUCAAGUCAUAAUAUCAAGUACAAUAUAAUAAGUCAUUCCACGUACAAUGGCCGCUAAGAUGAUCGUUUUGGCCGUCGGUUUGAUGGCGGUUUUCACUCGGAUCUCGACGGCUUUCCCACCGGACUACGACGGCGUUAACCACAACUACCACGAGGACCGCGAACACCACUCGCCGAAACCCUACCAUUUCGAAUACGGCGUCAAAGACGUUCACACCCAAGACAUCAAAAACCAAUACGAGACCAGCGACGGUCACGGCAACGUCAAGGGUUCGUACAGUCUUGUGGAAGCCGACGGCUCCACCCGGUUGGUCGAGUACACUGCGGAUCCGGUCCACGGUUUCCAAGCUAAGGUCAAGAAAAUCGGCCCCACAUACCGCCACGAGCCAAUCAUACAACCGUACCCCAAGCCGUCGUCCCCUCACAAGUUCUACUGAUUUCAGGCCAACUCGUUGACGGGCUUGGCGCCGUUUUCGUCGGCUAUGCCUUCUCGAACGCGGCGGUCUUACUACACCGAUGAUACAAUAUUGUACAAAAUAAAAUUAAUGUGUUUUCUCGUUAUUAAAUGUAAUUUCAACGUGUUCGGCUAACAUAGCUUGUACUUGUACUUGUAACACGGAUAUGUUUUCGGGCUGUUUUCUUAAAUUUAUUUUUAAAAAAAAAUACCACAGAUAACUUGUAGUGAAACGAUAGUGAAAUUUGUGGGUUUUAUUAUGAUUACAUUGGCCGUACGGAUUACCGGUGGAAUUUAUACAUACAAUUUCAAAGCAAACCGUUCUUGUGAAAAACCUAACGGUGACGGUUUUACGAGCGAUAUUUGCCAGCAACAAAUAUUAUACCGAAAUACAUACACAAAGUACAACUUAUUACAGCUGUUGUAUAUAACCUAGUAGUACUUUUACAGUGAUUCUUUAAUUAGUUAGUUUACAAUACACGCAAGCAGUAUAUGUAACCUUGUCAACGCCGCAUAGGGUUAUAUCGUUUUACAUGAAAAGAGAAAAUACACAACUAUAUCGGUAAGAUAUAUAUAUAUAUGAAUUAUAAGAUAUUGUAUUUUAUUAGUUAUCCAUAACGAGUGUAUGACAAUUUUUUUUAUCGAUUUUUCAAACAAAAUAAUUAAGUAAGCCAAUAAUGUUAUUAUCAAUGUUUAAUGUUAGUAGGCAGUAUUUGAAAAUAGAAAGUACCAAUGUAGUUUUAAUAUUUU